AUGAAGAAGGCCACGUACGCGUACGACACCGACGUCGUCAUGCCCAUGGACGACGGCGGCACCGUAGUGAUCCACACGACGGUCACGAACUCAGGCGACGCCGUGAAGCACUUCCUCCAAGAGGUCCGCGAGACGACCGGUGGCAGCAAGGGCGAGCCCGGCCUGAUCGUGGGCCUCGACACCGAGUGGCGCGUCGUCUUCCACGACGACGGGUAUCGCGACAACAGGAUGGUGGUCCUGCAGCUGUGCGUGGGCCGCCGCUGCCUCGUCUUCCAGAUCGUCCACGCCAACUACGUCCCGGUCACCCUGAAGGCCUUCCUCGCCAGCCCCAAGCACCGCUUCGUCGGCGUCUCGGUCGACGGCGACGUCGAGCGCCUGUACUGCGACUACAAGAUCCUGGUCGCCACCCCCGUGGACCUGAGGCACGUGGCCGCGGAGGUGCUGUCCCGGCCGGAGCUCGCGAGGGCGGGGCUCAAGACCCUCGCGUGCGAGGUGAUGGGCGUGCUGAUGGAGAAGCCCAAGCACGUGACCAUGAGCAAGUGGAGCAGGCCCCUGUCGCCGGAGCAAGUCCGGUACGCCGCCAUCGACGCCUUCGUGUCCUACGAGAUUGGCCGGCUGCUGCUUACCAGUCAGCGCGCGUUAGAACUAGAAGAUGUGGCCGCCGCCGCUGGAACGAUCUCGCCGUUUGUGUGCUUCGAGUUGCCGUAA